AUGCCGGCCUGGAGCAGAGGAAGAGUUCAGGCCAGAAGUGCCACCUUGGGAGUCACUGUCACAGAGAUGGUGUCUGAAGCUUCAAGACUGGAGGUCACCAAGGAUGAGAAUGGGCUGGGGCCCUCGGCGCCCUUGCCCUUGGCCGCGCCACCUGGAGGCUCCGAGGUGCUGCCUGGCGCCGGCGGCCCGGGCCCGCAGCGCCGCACGCGGCGUCACCGCACCAUCUUCAGCGAAGAGCAGCUGCAGGCGCUGGAAGCGCUCUUCGUGCAGAACCAGUACCCCGACGUGGGCACACGCGAGCGCCUAGCCGGCCGCAUCCGCCUGCGCGAGGAGCGCGUCGAGGUCUGGUUCAAGAAUCGCAGGGCCAAGUGGCGACACCAGAAGCGCGCAUCAGCGUCUGCGAGGCUCCUGCCAGGAGCCAAGAAGACUCCCAAGGAAAGCUGCUGA